GUGUGUGGCGUGGUCGUGGUCGUGGUCGCAAAAACAUGUUUGGAGGGACAAAAUAUCUGACAAACCACACCCCUUGUUACAAAUUACAACACAAGAACGCCUACAAAACACACAGUGCCACUGUAGUCCAGUCCCGUUGAAAUUCGAUUCCAAUGGGCAGUAGAUGUCUAGUCUCAUCAUCCACACUCACACCCUUGAGAUUUUCUCCCAUACCCAGAUCAAUUCCGCCAUUGAAUCAACCAAAACUGUAUUUGGGUAGUACAGAUUCUCAACCCCUGACCUUGAGAGGUCUCAAUCUCAAACAUGGCUGCUUCUGUAGAAUCGCCACACCCACAACAACAUUCUGCUGCACCACAAAAGCUGUUUUAUCAGAAAUUCCCAAUCAGAAACACUACUCCAAAAUUGGUGCUCAAUCAACUGGCCCCAUUCCCUCCAACCACCUCCUCCAAGUGGUUGAAAUUGCUGCUAAGACUGGCGCUCAGGUUGUGAUGGAUGCUGUGAAUAAACCUCGAAAUGUUACCUAUAAAGGACUCACUGAUUUGGUGACCGACACUGAUAAAAUGAGUGAGACUGCUAUUCUAGAAGUUGUGAGAAACAAUUUUGAAGAUCACCUCAUUCUUGGGGAGGAGGGAGGGCUCAUUGGGGAUUCAUCUUCUGAUUACCUUUGGUGCAUAGAUCCCUUAGAUGGGACAACAAAUUUUGCUCACUGCUACCCUAGCUUUGCAGUCUCUGUUGGAGUUUUGUUUAGAGGAAAGCCAGCUGCUGCUGCUGUGGUAGAGUUUGUCGGGGGCCCUCUAUGUUGGAAUACGCGCACAUUUUCUGCAGCUGCUGGUGGGGGUGCAUUUUGUAAUGGGCAAAAAGUUCACGUGAGUCAAACUAAUAAGUUGGAGCAAUCCCUUCUUGUGACUGGGUUUGGUUAUGAACAUGAUGAUGCAUGGGCUACCAACAUAGAUUUGUUCAAAGAAUUUACAGAUAUCAGCCGGGGUGUGAGAAGGCUUGGUGCUGCAGCAGUGGACAUGUGCCAUGUAGCUCUAGGGAUUGUGGAAGCGUAUUGGGAAUAUCGUCUAAAACCAUGGGAUAUGGCCGCUGGUGUUUUGAUAGUUGAAGAGGCUGGUGGGAUUGCUUCUUGCAUGGAUGGUGGAAAAUUCUGUGUAUUCGAUAGAUCUGUCUUGGUGUCUAACGGUGUGCUACAUGCAAAGCUUUUGGAGAAGAUUGGUCCUGCAACAGAGCAAUUGAAGAACAAAGGGAUUGAUUUUUCGUUGUGGUAUAAGCCUGAACAUUACCACACAGAACUUUAACAUGCCCAGAGUUUUUUUCCUUUGUUAAAUUUGCGACAAAGAUCUCCAAAGCAAUCAGGUGCUGUUUUUAUUUAUUUUUGUUGCACCCUGAAUUUUUUUUGAAAAGUUCCUGAUAAACUGUGGUUUCAUUAAUUGAUAUCACUGAUAAGAGCUUCUAUUAGUCAUUCGCAUAUCACUAUAUAUAACCAGAUAUGCAUCAUUGGCCUACCACAGUUGUACAUACAUGCACGAUGUAAACUGAGAGGUUAUUAUGAUUUGUAUAUGUAGUCCAUUUUUGUCCUUUUUUCUCCUGAAAAAAAGAA